ACCAAGUGGCACCAGAGGACAGGGAGGGAGAGGUAGGGCCUGAGCUGCCCUCAAGGGACCUGCUCCUGUGCCCUCCCUAGCGCAGAGGGCCCUUAAGCUUGCUUUGCGGGCCUUUCUCUCCAUCAGAGAGAAUAGCCACUGAUUGGCCUGGCCCAGUGGACCCUGAAUCCACACAGCCGACAGGAGCAUGCCUGGCCUUAAGAACCAUCCCAGAAAAGUCUGGGGAGGUCUGUCUCACAGGUGUGCAGGCAUUCUAUGUGCCCGGGGGGUGGGGUGAGGGUGACAGUUGGAACCCAAGAAAAGGAUCGCUAAUGAGGGCUCAGGAAGGUUCUGGGGGCCCAAAGGAAUGUUUGGGUGUGUCAGCUGGCCUGGAUUAGGAAGGAUGGCUCACAGGGGAAACUUCUAGGAACAAGGCUAGGCUGCUAGCUCCACAGGAGGCUGGAAGGAAGGCAGAGCUAGACAAGCUCUCAGGGUGGCUCAGCUGUCAGAGACUAAGCUAGUGUGGAAGCCUGACUGGCCCUUCUGGGAGUGUCUCAGGCCCAAGACUAUCAGCUAAGGGUAGGGAAAAGCCCACCUCUCCUUUGAGUCUCCAGGCUUGGCAGACUCUGCCCUCUGGUGGCCAGAGGAAGUCAUGGCCCAGGUCCCAAGUUUUCAGAAGGCACAACAGUCUUUACCAUCUGCUACUUGUUGAGGGACAUCUGCAGUUGUAAGAGAGAACUGAGGCAGCUCUGGGUCCAGAGCAGAGAUCACAGAGGAACAGGGUGCAACAGCUCUGGGUGGGCAGCAGAGGCUGAGGCCUGGGCCUCCCUGUCAUUAGGUAACUCUCAGAGUGAUCAGCCAGCUUCCUAUCUUCUCCAGGCCUCAGCUUCCUCCCCUGAAGCAUGGGGUGAAGGCUUUCUGUAGGAUGGAGUGUGUCCAGCCCUACAGCAAAGAACAAGAAAGCUCUGGGAAAAGAGGACCUCCUCUCCCCCCCUGGCUGAGUGGGCUACAGGGUGUUCAACCUGCAGCCUCUGGACUGCAUGCAGAUUAUAGAAGCUAAAAGAUUGGACACCCCUGCCCCCUUAUGACCUUGGACAAUCUCUGAGCUUCUCUGAGUUUGUUCAUCUGGAAAAGGGAGAUUAAACCAUUUACCUCCUGAAGUUGUGAAAGAAUAGCGGCAAAGCACCUAACACAUAGUGCCUCAAGAGGAGGGUGGGGGAACAAGUCAACAAAGGCUGAUGGGAGCUCCUGGUGUUGGUAGAGAUGGAACUUGGACUUGGAGGCCUUUCGGUACUGUCCCACUCCCCCUGGCCUAGGCGGCAGGGUGCCCUCUUUCUCCGUGAGGUUCCACUUGGUCACUCUGUGCAACGGGCCCUGUGGCCGACCCUGGCCGCUCUGGCUCUCCUGAGCAGCGUCGCAGAAGCCUCCCUGGGCCCUGCACCCCGCAGCCCCGCCACCCGCGAAGGCCCGGCUCCAGUCCUGGAGCCUCCCGCCUACCAGUCGCCGGGGGGACGUACGGCCCGUUUGUGCGGUGGAAGAACCCGGCGACCACCGCCACAGCCUCCCCGGCCAGCGCCCGCGCCGCCGGUGCCACCGUCUGCUCCUCCCCGCGGGGGCCGCGCGGCGCGUGCCGGGGGCGGGGGCAGCCGCGCACGGGCAGCGGGGGCGCGGGGCUGCCGCCUGCGCUCGCAGCUGGUGCCGGUGCGCGCGCUCGGCCUGGGCCACAGCUCUGAUGAGCUGGUGCGUUUCCGCUUCUGUAGCGGCUCCUGCCGCCGCGCACGCACCCCGCACGAUCUCAGCCUGGCCAGCUUGCUAGGUGCUGGGGCCUUGCGGCCACCCCCAGGCUCCCGGCCCGUCAGCCAGCCCUGCUGCCGACCCACGCGCUAUGAGGCAGUCUCUUUCAUGGACGUCAACAGCACCUGGAAGACUGUGGACCGCCUCUCAGCCACGGCCUGUGGCUGCCUGGGUUGAAGGCUCUCUCCAGGGGUAUUUGUUUUGGACCCUUGCCCGUGGAUCUUCCUGCCUGGGACCCUCCUGCAACGCCACAGGAGCCAGAUGCCUCAGACCUCAGCCUCGUGAGUGGAGGACAUCAGCCCUGGAGAGAUGGCAAGUGUUGGACCUGCAGCCCCCAAGCCCUCACCCUGCAAAUCCCAGCCCUGUAGACACCAGAGACCUCUGCUGUGGAGACCUUAGGACCUACUCUUCACAAAUUCUGGCACCAGCUAGACCUCAGACGUGGAAACCCUUUGGAAAACUUAUCUGACUGAGGCCUUGGCCUCUGCCCAGGCACUGGGGAUGGGUGCAGAAUUUGGAGCAGACACAUUGCAGUUCCAUGGCUGAAAGUGCCAGUGCUAGAGCUGGCCACUCACUGGAGGGAGCUGGACCCCUAUUUAUUAUACCUAAAUUAUUUAUUUACUUCUGUGGUUUGUCAGAUCUUUUCCUAAGCAAUGCGGGGUGUGGUGGAAGAGGCUGAGCAGAGAUCAUGACCUGAUCAUUCCAUUAGCCCACUUCAGGCUGACUCAGCAAUCACCCACCUGGCCUAUAUCUCUCACCCUCACCCAGCAGCUCGGGGAUGGGCAGCAUGGAACACAGGCAGGG